CGAGGAAGAGGAAGCGUGAGGAAGCGUGAGGAGACAUGGCCGGCGUGGGUGCGGGUGCGGGUUCCCUGACCGGGCCCUUGAGCAGCUCUCUGGCCCGCCUGCAGGCGCUGCACGGCCUGUUCGCCGUUUACAAGAAACCCGGUCCGACUUCCGCCGAAGUGCUGAACGAGCUGAAGGAGGCGCUGCUGAAAGAGGCCGGCGUCAAGAACUGCAACCCGAGGAAGAGAGGGAAGCAGGUGCUGAAGAUGGGACACGGAGGGACGCUGGACAGCGCGGCUAGCGGAGUGCUAGUUGUUGGAAUCGGAAACGGAACCAAGAUGCUGAGCAGCAUGUUGUCUGGAUCCAAGAAAUACGUAGCGGUAGCAGAGCUGGGAAAAGCCACCGACACCCUGGACGCCACCGGCGCCGUCGUGCUGGAGACGGCCUUCGAACACGUGACCCGGCUGGACCUGGAGGAGAAGCUCAAGUCUUUCACCGGAGAAAUCCUGCAGGUUCCCCCGCUCUACUCUGCGCUGAAACAGGACGGCCAGCGUCUGUCUGUCCUGCUGAAAAAAGGCCACAAGGUUGAGGCCAAACCAGCGCGGCAGGUUUUCGUUCACUGCCUGAAGCUGCAGGAGUUCAAGCCCCCGAUCUUCACGCUGGACAUCGAGUGUGGCGGAGGCUUCUACGUCCGGAGUCUGGUGGACGACCUGGGGAAAGCUCUGUCCUCCUGCGCUCACGUGAAGGAGCUGACCAGAACCAAGCAGGGCCAGUUCACCCUGCAGGACCACGUCCUGCGGGAGGACCGCUGGACGCUGGACUGCAUCGUCCAAUCACUGCACCCCUGCUCCGAGGGGGGGGACGGGGACCAGGAGGGACCGGAAAAGACUGGUAAAGACCUGAAAAGACUAGCAGAGACCGGUAAAAACCAGCAGAGCCCCGAGGAACCCAACGGAGACCAGCAGAGACCGGCAAAGACCAGCAGAACAAACGGAGACCAGCAGGAACCAGCAAAGACCAGCAGAACAAACGGAAACCAGCAGGAACCAGAAGAGAAAACGGGGGAAAGCUAAACAGACCCGGGACUGAUGUGGACCAGCGUAACGACGCUUAACUUCACUGAUUCUGGAAGAUUCUUGAUUUCUUUUAUUUUGAGUUAAACAUGUGGACAGGUGUGUGUUUGGGGACGGUAACCACGGUAACCGCAGGGACUCCCGAAACCCCGGGACCGGAGAGUGGAUCCAGUAACGUUUCCCUCUGCAGCAUUGUAGAUGUGUUGAUGGAAUCAAUAAAGACUAUUUAUUGGUAAAACCUGUUGUUUUCCUGAAGUACGACGUGGGUAAGGUUGGUUGAAUUGCUGAAUGUGAGGACAACUCCAUAAACAAUGAAUGU